AUGGUUUUGGAAGCUCGCGUGAAAUCUGUCCUGUCAGGCGACACCGUCGUCCUGUCGCAUAUCACCAACCCCGGACAGGAACGCACCCUCAGUUUGGCAUAUGUUUCAGCGCCGAGACUGCGCCGAGAAGGCGAUGAACCGUACGGUUUCCAAUCCCGUGAAUUCCUGCGAGAGCUCCUGGUCGGAAAAGUGAUUCAAUUCCAAGUCCUUUACACCAUCCCCACCGGCGCCAAACGUGAUUACGGCACGAUUAAGCUCCCGAGCUUCGAAGUCUCCCUGCCCGACAUUUGCGUCCAAGAAGGAUGGGUGCGCGUUCGUGAAGAGGCUGGCAAGCGGGCCGACGAAUCCGAAGAAACUGCCACCUUGCUGGAACGUCUCCGCGCACUAGAGGACCACGCCAAGUCCGAGGACAAGGGUGUCUGGGCCGGUGCCGGAAAUGGUGUCAUUGAGACGAGCUACGAGUUGCCGGACGGCAAGUCCUUGGUCGAAGAAUGGAAAGACAAGCACCUCGAGGCCAUUGUGGAGCGAGUACUGAACGGUGACCGGUUGGUUCUCCGUCUGCUGCUCUCUCCGGAAGAACAUCUGCAGGUCGUGGUUGCGGUCGCCGGUGUCCGGGCCCCGGCUGCUAAGCGGGUGACUGCCGACGGCAAGGAGCAGCCUGCCGAGCCGUUUGGUGACGAGGCCCACCAGUUCGUCGAGUCGAGAGUGCUGCAGCGCAAGGUUCAGGUCUCUCUGUUGGGCGUUACACCCCAGGGUCAGCUGAUUGCAACUGUCCUGCACCCGAAUGGUAACAUCGCCAAGUUCCUUUUGGAGGCCGGUCUGGCCCGUUGCCACGACCUUCACACUCCUCUCCUCGGAGCCAACAUGGCCCUCUUCCGCCGCGCGGAGAAGGCUGCUAAGGAUGCCCGGAAGGGUCUGUUCACCGGUCUGGUCGCCUCCCAGGGUCCUGCGGGCGGGGCCGAACAGGACUACAUCGUGAGCCGCGUGCUGAACGCCGAUACCCUUUUCAUCCGCAACAAGGCCGGCCAGGAGAAAAAGAUCAGUCUCAGCAGCACCCGCCAGCCCAAGCCGUCCGACCCCAAGCAGGCCCCAUUUGCCGCCGACGCGAAGGAGUUCUUGCGUAAGAAGGUCAUCGGCAAGCACGUCAAGGUCACCAUCAACGGAAAGAAGCCUGCUAACGAGGGAUACGAGGAGCGAGAGGUUGCCACGGUCAUCCACGGUAACACUAACGUUUCGCUCGCGCUCGUCGAAGCCGGCUAUGCCUCUGUGAUCCGCCACCGCCAGGAUGACCAGGACCGCUCUCCCGACUAUGACGACCUGCUUAUCGCCGAGGCCGAGGCCCAGAAGGAGGCCAAGGGAAUGUGGUCCCCCAAGGCCCCUAAGACGAAGCAGUACCAGGACUACUCGGAAAGCGUGCAAAAGGCCAAGAUGGAGGUUUCUAUCCUUCAGCGUCAGAAGCGUGUUCCUGCCAUCGUGGAUUUCGUUAAGUCGGGAUCGCGUUUCACGGUUCUCGUGCCCCGCGAGAACGCCAAACUCACUCUGGUCUUGUCGGGCAUUCGUGCUCCCCGGUCUGCUCGCAACCCCGGCGAGGCGUCCGAGCCGUUUGGCAACGAGGCUCACGAGCUGGCCAACAAACGCUGCAUGCAGCGUGAUGCCGAAAUUGACGUUGAGACCAUCGACAAGGUCGGUGGCUUCAUUGGUACCCUGUACAUCAACAAGGAGAACUUCACCAAGGUUCUUCUAGAGGAGGGUCUGGCCACCGUCCAUGCAUACUCUGCAGAACAAUCUGGCCAUGCCGCCGAGUACUUUGCUGCGGAACAGAAGGCCAAGGAGGCCCGCAAGGGACUCUGGCACGACUGGGACCCUAGCAAGGAUGUGGAGGAGGCCGAGGAAGAGCCUGUUGACGGUAACAGCGGGACUGAGACCGAGGCUGCCUCCCGCCGCAAGGACUACCGUGACGUGGUGGUCACCUACGUUGAUCCCACCAACGCUCGCGUCAAGCUUCAGCAGAUCGGCACCGGCACCUCUGCCCUGACGGAAUUGAUGAGCGCCUUCCGCUCCUUCCACCUGAACAAGGCCAACGAGACUCCUCUGCCCGGCCCCCCUAAGGCUGGCGAGUUCGUGGCCGCCAAGUUCACCGAGGACAACGAGUGGUACCGGGCCAAGGUGCGUCGCAACGACCGCGACAACAAGCAGGCUGAGGUUGUCUACAUCGACUUUGGUAACUCCGAGGUGGUGCCUUGGUCCCGCCUGCGACCCUUGUCGCAGCCCCAGUUCUCCGUCCAGAAGCUCCGUGCGCAAGCCGUGGAUGCCGUGCUUUCUCUCGUACAGUUCCCCGUGUCGGCCGACUACCUUGCGGACGCCGUUGGCUUCCUCGAGGAGCAGACCGCCAACCGUGAGUUGGUGGCUAACGUCGACUACGUUACGCCCGAGGGAACCCUGCACGUCACUCUGUUGGACCCGGCCGAGUCCAAGAACCUGGAUCACAGCAUCAACGCCGACGUCGUCCGAGAGGGAUAUGCCAUGGUGCCUAAGAAGCUGAAGGCCUGGGAACGCGCUGCGUCGGACACGAUCUCGCACCUGCGCACCCUCGAGAAUGAGGCGAAGGAUGAGCGACGAGGCAUGUGGGAGUAUGGUGACCUGACGGAAGACUAA